AUGUCGCUUGUGAGAGACCCCUAUAGCCCUGGACGCGUGCGACGAACGCAAGAUCAGGAUGAUCCCUUCGGAGCAGUCAGUGCUGGCGCAGUAUGGAGUGUUGGCGGCACCAUUGUUACCGAAGGCGUUGCAAGUACCUCCGACGGCCGCGGCGGACGAGUGACCAGUGGGACCAGCGCUCCUCACUAUAAUGCCGGGUUCCUUCAGCAGCAACAGUCAUCUGGCGAAGAACGACUUCGUCAUGGUCAUCGCCUUGCUCACGCCAUGGACAUGCAACCAGAUCGACCUAUGCUAAUACACGACAGCUCCUCCGUGUCUUGUCCCACAAGGUCCUCCGUGUAUGAAGGGAAGAGUCGCCAGCGAGAAGACUGCUCCAAAUCGCGUCCAACCAAGACUACAAAGCCGAAGAAAGUACCUAUGACCCCGUUCCGGGUACUCGAUGCGCCAGCACUGCGCGAUGAUUUCUACUGUUCGCUUUUGGCAUACUCUUCUACGUUGCAUUGUUUGGCUGUAGGUCUUGGCCCGCAUGUGUACCUCUGGUCGGAAAAGCCUCGCAAUGCUUCCGUAGGGUCGUCCGAUAAUUCUUCGCAACGGCAAUUGCCAGAUUCCCUGACUUCGCCUUUCGGGGCUCACGUCACCUCGCUUUCCUUCAGCUCUACAGUCGGAGACAGUGCCAUACUCGCCAUUGGUCGUGCAGAUGGCCGAAUUACCCUAUGGAGUCCAAAAGAUGCGAUUCCACGAUUCGACAGUGAGCAGCCAAGCCCAAUCUCGUGCGUAAGCUUCAGGCCCACUCCAGUUCGGCGUCCCUCACAACGCGAGCCAGGCGAGAUGGUAGCAACAGAAGAGCUUCUGGUAGGCGACGAGGCCGGUAAUGUCUAUUUCUAUACCAUCGAAUGGCCGGAUCAGCUGAAGCGUGAUCUCUUCGACUGGCCAGGGAGCAUGACACUGUUCCUGCGGAUCGCCUCGCAUUCACAGCAGAUCUGUGGACUGGCGUGGAGCGCAAGCGGCGAAUACUUCGCCACAGGAGGGAACGAUAACUUGAUUCACGUAUUCCUGACCAAAAACGUGCAUACCAAAGGCCCUCCUUCUAAUUCCUCGCCCUCGAGCGAUAAAAGCUCUACUACGCCUCUGCAAACCCAUGACAACCACGCAUCCUCCAACGACACUGCAACUUUGCCACCACACCGUCAACACCGCCCUUCGGUCUUCACCCUCCCCCCAGGCUCUCACCACCAGACCUUCACUCUUUUCGCUGCCGUCAAAGCGCUCUCCUUCGCGCCAUGGAACCCACAUCUUCUCGCCGCUGGCGGCGGCUCCAACGACCGUUGCAUCCACUUCCUCCACGCCGCCUCCGGCGCCGCUCUCGCGACCAUCGAUUGUCACGCCCAAGUCACCGCCUUGGUUUGGAGCACCAUGCGGCCCGAGAUCGCCGCGACAUUCGGCUUUGCGCAGCCCGAUCAUCCAUUUCGCGUUGCGGUCUUCGCGUGGCCGAGCUGCGCGUGCCUCGUCCGCGUGCCGUGGUGGGGCGAAGAGAGGGCGCUCUGGGCGGUUGGCUAUCCCGGCGGUCCCGCGGGCGGCGCUGAUCGGAGGAGGCAAGCGGCGGCGACGAAGAAGGGCGGUGGAGCGUGGUCUGGAAGGAGCUCGAGGGAGGAGGAAGGAUGUCUUGUGGUUGCGACGAGUGAUGCUUCGAUCAAAUUCCACGAGGUCUGGACGGAGCGACCUCGCGGUGGUGCCGGGAGACGAGGUGAGGCGGGAAGUGAGGGUUUGUUGGGAGGAAGUCAGAUCCUCGAGGGAGAAUGUUCGGUGAGGUUGGCGCGGGAGGGCUGGAUCCGAUGA